AUGGCCUACGACGACAGCUUCCUCGCCAGCUUCUCCGAGGACUUUGUGGAGCUGCCGCAAUACAAGGCUGCGAGCACCUCGACCAUCGACUUUGACGGCCUGCUCAGCCGCCCACUCAAGCUGCACGAGGAUCUAAAGGGAGGAUGCGGCGGCCAGCUGUGGCCCGCCGGCAUGGUGCUGUCGCGCUACCUGCUGCGCCAGCACAAGCACGACCUCAAGGGCUGCUCAAUAGUUGAGCUCGGCGCCGGUGGCGGGCUCGUCGGCCUGGCCGUCGCCCUCGGCUGCGACAUCUCGGCCAGCGAGAAGCAGCCGCUGUACAUCACCGACCAGGAGCCCAUGUUCGCCCUCAUGCAGCAGAACACGGCCCUCAACCACCUCUCCGCCCGCGUCAAGCCGCUCAUCUACGACUGGGGCACCGCGCCGCCCGCCGACAUACCCGCGCCGCCCGACGUGAUAUUGGCUGCCGACUGCGUAUACUUCGAGCCUGCCUUCCCGCUGCUGCAGAAGACUCUGGAGGACCUGAUUGGCCCCAAUACCGUUUGCUACUUCUGCUUCAAGAAGAGGAGAAGGGCGGAUUUGCACUUUGUCAAGGCGAUAAAGAAGACGUUUGACGUGCAGCCCGUCGCGGAUGACCCGGACAAGGACGCUUACGGGAGGGAGAACAUCUUCUUGUUCAAGAUUACGCAGCGCAAGAACUGA